GGGUGUUUCAUAAAGCUGUUCAUAAAUUACUAGCUACUCUACGAAUGUCUGGUGACCCUUUCUUAGGAACUAAAUCAACACCAAUGAAAAUACGGUGUACAUAAUUUACCACCAGAGAGGAUAACCAGUCGUUCGUAAAGUCACUCGUAUGUUACCAACAGCUUUAUGCAACACCCACCAGGGUUGCAUUUCAUUACGCAUUCUCUUGGUCAUUUUUACAAACCAAUCUGCUCUUAGCCAAUCAGAUGCAAGGAUUUCAAUAGCUUUUAGCAAUUUUCACUGAACAUCACUGACAAUAUACUGCAUGAAAUGCUCCCUUGCAGUAAGUUCAUAUCUCAAGUAGAUAGAAGACCAAUUGAACCACACAGGUGACCAAUAUAUUCUCAGUGGACUGCUGUUUUGGAAUGAUUAAGACUGAUAAAAUAGAGAAAAUGAUGCACCAUUUGGUAACCUGGGGUACCAAAUGAAAAAUUGACACUUUGUUGAAUUUUCUUUCCCCCAAAAAAAAUUGAUUCCAUUUUGCUUUUUAUCAUCACAACUUGAAACAUCAAGGGGGUGGGUGUAGUCACCCUUGCCUCCUGUAGAACUGCUCCUAUGUCUCCUUUAAAUAUACUUUGAAAAGGGAGUAAAAUAUGUUCUUUUUCUCUGUUCUCUUCUAGGUAAUCAUCAAGCCGACGCCCAACAGUCCAAAGACCCCUGAGUGGCAUACCAUGUCGCCAGCAAAACAAGUGCCUAACCCAAUCAAGAUCAGACUAGCCAUCCGCAUGGACAAACCUCAAAACAUGAAACAUUGCGGGUGGAUGUAUUGUCUUGGAAAGACAGUCUGGAAGAAGUGGAAGAAGAGAUUUUUUGUCCUUGUUCAAGUGAGUCAAUACACAUUCGCGAUGUGCAGCUACCGAGAGAAGAAGGCCGACCCUCACGAAAUGAUGCAACUCGACGGCUUCACGGUCGACUACACUGACGCCCUCACAGAACUUGAAUGCCAAGGUGGACGCUUCUUCUUCAGUGCUGUCAAAGAGGGCGACAGCAUCGUCUUCGCCUGCGAUGAGGAGGUUGACAGGCAAUUCUGGGUGCAGGCCAUCUACAGGGCUACCGGCCAGUCGCACAAGCCUGUACCCCCUACUCAGCUGGCCGGUGGAAAGGGCUCAAAUGCUAUCAUAUCUAGGCAACAAGGAGAUGCUGACCGAGCCAGGAAACAUGGUAUGGAUGAGUUCAUACACAGUGACCCAUGCAAGUUUGAACAUUCCUCUCUCUUUGAGACGCUCCAGGAGCUAACACUGGACCAUAGGCUAAACGAUUCCUAUUCGUGUCUGGGAUGGUUUAGUCCUGGUCAGAUCUUUGUUCUGGACGAGUACUGCGCAAGGUACGGAGUCCGGGGGUGCCACAGGCAUCUGUGCUACCUAAACAACCUCUUAGAUAGGGCGGAGAAAAACACCAAGAUUGAUCCCACUCUCAUUCAUUACAGCUUUGCUUUCUGUGCGUCCCAUGUCCAUGGGAACAGACCCGAUGGAAUAGGCACGGUGACCAUUGACGAGAGGGAUAAGUUUGAAGAGAUCAAGGAAAGGCUUCGGAUUCUCCUUGAACAUCAGAUUACAGAGUUCAGAUACUGUUUUCCAUUUGGAAGGCCUGAAGGGGCACUGAAAGCCACUCUAUCUCUUCUGGAGAGAGUGUUGAUGAAGGACAUAGUGACGCCUGUACCACAGGAGGAGGUGCGCGCCACAAUCAAGAACUGCUUGGAGGCGGCUGCUCUCGUCAAUUAUGAGAGAGUGUCGGCAAACACUAAGAUUGAAGCUGAUGGUCAGGAGAGACCGGUCAAAGAAAUACUGAGCAAUGAGGAUCUCUCACCAGAAAGAAGACUGGAAGAAGUCAUCCAUCUUGCUGAGCUUUCUAUUGAUGUACUACAGCAGAAUGAAGAACAUCAUGCGGAGGCUUUUGCAUGGUUUAGUGACCUGCUGGUAGAACAUGCUGAGAUCUUCUGGUCAUUGUUCGGUGUGGACAUGGACGCUUCCCUCGAUGUCCAACCUCCAGAUACGUGGGACAGCUUUCCUCUCUUCCAGCUCCUCAACGAUUUCUUGAGAUCAGAAAGUACCUUGAAUGGAGGAAGGUUCCAUCUAAAACUUCAAGACACGUUUGCUCCUCAGGUGAUCCGCUACGUAGACUUGAUGGAGUCCUCCAUAGCUCAGUCUAUCCAUAGAGGCUUUGAGAAGGAGAAAUGGGAGCCAAAAGGGAAUGGUACGGAAACAUCCGAGGAUCUGUUCUGGAAGUUGGAUGCCUUACAGACGUUUGUCAGAGAUCUUCACUGGCCCCAGCAGGAGUUUGCUCUUCACCUAGACCACAGGCUCAAACUGAUGGCAGCUGAUAUGAUCGAGUCGUGUGUCGGCAGAACUAUGCAAGGUUUUGAGGUAUGGAUCAAGAAAGGAAGACCAAAUAGUGAUUAUCGCCUGAGCACGGAGCUUUGCGUUAUGAUGAACGUACUGACGGACGCUAAGGAUAAAUCCAUGAAAUUAUGUCCUCCAACCAAGGAUGAGGAGGCACAUCAGUACCACACCAGAAUCGAUGAGGAGAUCAACCGGACUUCAUACCAGGUCAUUCAACUGACACAACUGAAGCUUCGAGGGGCCCUCGAGUGCGUCCUUACCAAGCUGGCCCGUUAUGACGAGGGCACUUUCUUUGCUUCUAUUCUCUCAUUCACGACAAAGAAAAUUCGCACAGACCUGAAUCCUGGCAUGGAGUUGGCUGAUGAUUACGUGGAGUUUAUCCGUGAUAAUCUAGAUGAGAUCAGAGAGAGAGUCCAUGAGGAUGAGUUCCUCCAGAACUUGUUUGAGGAAUGGUAUACUUCCAAUAUGAAUCUACUUUGUGACUGGAUGUCGGAUAGAAUGGAACUGCAGCUGCACAUUUACCAACUCAAUACAUUGCUCAGGAUUACUGGGAAGAUGUACAAGGACUUUGAGCUCCACGGCGUCCCCUGCAAAGUCCUCAACAGCAAGACCUACGACAACGUGAAGCAUCGGCUGCAGGUUGAGGAGGCGACGGCAUCGGUCACCAACCAGCUGGUGAUCCACAACGGAUCCAUGAGCCAAGAUGACGAGGAUGACGACGACAACUAGACAAGAGCUGAUCCUUAACACUGAUGUCACUAGAAAAAUAGAAUUGUUCUCCCCUUGUUCCUGGUCUCACUGACCCCCUUUAUGUUCUCUUACUCUUUGAUCUGUCAGUUUAUAUAGCCACUUUGUCUGAUACUGGGUAUUCUGAUUCUAUUUGGUCUAAUUCCAUUUGGUCUAAUUCCCGUUGGUUUAAUUCCUGUUGGUCUAACUCCAGUUGGUCUAAUUCCAUUUGGUCCUAUUUCAGGUAUAGCUUAAUACCAGUUGGGCUAAUUCAAGUAGGUCUAAUUCCAGUUGGUCAUAUCCCAGGUAUAGGCUAAUAUCAAUUGGACUCAUUCCAGUUCAGCUAAUUCCAUUUCAUCUAUUUCCAGUUGGUCUAAUUUAGUUGGGCUAAUUUCAGUUGGUCUAGAUCCAAUCUGUCUUAUCCCAGAUAUAGUCUCUUACCAGUUAGGCUUAUGCCAGUUGGUCUGAUUCUAAUUAGUCUAAUUCCUGUUGGGCUAAUUCCAGUUAGUCUAAUGCUAGUUGGGCUAAUUUCAUGACAGUUUUCCUGGGAUCUCUUUUGUAGAUCUACAUGUACUUAUUAACCCUGAUUGUUCCCCUGCAUAGGAUUCAUCGUUCGGUUGAAUAUUUCUUUUAUUUGUCAAUUCUAACUCGUAACCAUUGUGGAUACCAAGUGGAUAUUUGUCCAAUUGGUUCAUGUGAUAAGUGACAAUUAGUGACAAAUGGCCAUUCGGUUUACAGGUUUAAGACGAGAUAGAAUAUGACCAUGCUGGAUUAGAAGGGGUAUUAUACCUUGCUUGAUUAGACCAAGUGGCAAAUCUCCAUUGUGUCUCAUGAGAGAAGAAGAGGAGUUUAUUCCUGCGAUGACCAGAUCCCUGUCUUACAAAGAGUUGUGACUAUUCCAAUCAGUCUCAACUAUGGAAAUCCAUACUGCAUUAUACUUUGUCAAAAGGAAGCAAGUUACAAAAGUAUCAUUUGUUGUAAAUGAGCAAUGUUCAUCAUUUACAUUGGCAUCAGUGCAAUUUAACAGCAUAUUUUUUUCCAUCGAACGGCCAUUUCUUCCCCCAAAUUUUGCCUGAACCUUGCAACAUAAAAAGGGUGUUUCAGAAACAACAAUAACUCAGAUUUAACUGAUUUGUCACUUGCUUCCUUUUGCCAAAGUUGGGCAUCCUAGAUGUCAUAUUUACAAAAAAGUCCCUCUGAAAAUAACAAUGAGCACACAGACCUUUCAAGAAAAUGUAUGGAAAGCCAUUGAUGCCAUAAUUCUUUAUACAGACAAUUUACACGAAAUCCCUCUAGAAAGGGCAAGAAAAUGAUGUAUGCUUGAGUACAGAUCAUAGCUCUAUUUGUACAGAUCAAUGCAUUCAAGAUGUUGGUUGUGCUGGCUUUCAAUAGUUGUGAUUGAUCGUGCAGAUCGAUGUCAACUCUUUGUAAGAUUGGUCCCUCGGCAUAGAAGUCUUCCCCAUUACUUAUUCUCAAGUUGUGUCUGAUAAGAACCAUGCACAGCUCAGUUCUAGUCGGCACAAUCAAAUUAAUUUUCCUUCAUGUAAUGACGACAAGAAAGAUGAAAACCAACCGUAUACCAAGUAUUGAGUUUUUGUGUUGCCAAGUACUUAUUGGCAAUGAAUGAAGAGAAGUUAUAAAAAAAAGGGAGAGAACAUGUAGAUUUCAAAAAAAAUUGCAGGCAAUUAUGAAAUAUCCUUCUGCAUUAUGUUGGUCCUAUAAAUAAAAAAAUAAAAAUUCAUUGAAUUUAAUUUUGAUAAGCUUUAUUGCCCUGUUUGAUGUGAAAAUUCCCAUGCUGCACAUGGCAUUUUCAUUUCAUAAGAUGCUGGAAUAGAUGAAAGUAACAAUAGAAUAGAAAAAACACCACUUUAUUCUUUUUUUUAAAAAGAGAUGUAGAGCUCUUCAUUUUGUAUACAAUAUACAGUCAGUUUGGCUCAUACUAUUUCUCAAAAAGGAAAACAGGGUGACUCAAAAUACAUGAAUUGUAUAAGGAUGAUGUUUUUUAUCAGAUAUCAUCCAAAGAAACCUAUUUCUAUCAGACAUAACAAAAUGAAAUGAUUUAAUAGAAAGGUCCUUCAUUAUGCCUUAUUAGAGCAGUCCAAAUUGAUCUAAUCAUGAGAAUAAAAAUGUUCAUAUUUUUAACUCUCUUCCCCAGAGAGUAGGAAAUUGCAAAAAAAAAUGGAUUAGGGAGCCUUGAGAGUGUACUGAAAGUUAAAAACUUCAGGAAAUGUUUCAAUUAAUCUAGAUUUAGAUUUAGGAAUUGCAAUUAAUAAGCCUUCACAGUUGCGAAUUUGAAUAUAAGUGCUGAGCGAUACAUGCAGUAAAACUGAUAGCAGUUAUUAUACGUGGUAAAAGGUUCUCACACUAUAUGAUCGUGUGAUAUAAAAGAAUAUCACACCACAUGAUUGUGUGAUAUUAUAGAGAUAUUGCCUACCUAGAGUUUGAAUAUAACAUUUUCUCUCGCCGACGGAGUUAUAUUUUUCCUAAGGGAUUAUAUUUUGCCCAAAGCGUGCAGCGCUGAGGGAAAGUAUUCUCCCAAGGAAAAAAUAUAGCUUUGGAGGGGAGUUGAAAUGUUAUUUAUUAAAAAGAUAGACCAGGCAAUAUCUGUUAUAAAAGAAUAUAUCACACAACAUGAUUGUGUGAUAUUUGUUAAUUAUUGUUCAUCAUUGUCCAGUCAUUCAAUUUACAAGUUUUUCAUAUUUCUAUUUCAACAACUACAGAGGAGUUGUUCCAAGACAAACGUGUUUGAUCAAGCCAUUUGUAAAGUUGCACAUACCACCAGUAUAUGGCAAGCCAAAUGGAUUUCACAAUCAUUUCCAAUCACUUAAACCA